AUGUAUAAAGAACUAGAACAGCAACUUAACAGCGGAGAAGCAUACGCUCCUGUUAAUUUAAUACUGUAUGCUCCAUCAGAACGCAAAGCACGAUAUAAGUAUAUCCAGGGAUUAAGUUUCGACUUCGAUGUUCAGGUGUAUCGAUCGUUCAAGCCGAAUGCUACGUUCGUGUGGAAACUUCCCCAUCUUAAUGAACGGUCGGAAAUCCAGUUGUCAAAUACAAUUGUUCAUUUGGAAGAUGAUAUCGUUUAUCGCGUAAAAGCUGAUAAAUGCAAACAGGCAGCUGCAGUUUUCGGGGGAAUAGCAUCGUGGACCGUGCAAAAAGUUAAGGAGUUUAGCCAGUUGGCUACAGAUGAUGAUCCUAGCAGUUCUAAGCAAGAUGACUUGGACGGACUUAAAAUGUUAAUCGGCGAUGGUCAUGAAAUCGAGGAAGUUUUGCAUAUUGAAACCCAACAACUGAAUUCGAGGCAAGGCAAGUUUGACAAUUUCUGGAAAGCUGCUGAAAUCGUUAUCGCCGAAAAGGAUCUAUCGGUUGCUCAGGAAAGACGACACGGUACAACUAGCUGGAUUUCACCGCUGUGCGUUUCCUUGCGUGAUCUGAUGGACAUAUGCGAAGAAAAAAUGAAUCAGCUUUACCCAGGAUGUCCGAACAACAACGUACCCUCAGCUGAGUAUUUUCGUCUACAAUUUACACCCAGAAACCCACGUAAUCGUACCGCUGAAAGGUACUACAGUAGGUUUGAUAUCAAAUAUGGAUUGCAAGUGCGUACACUACGUAAAGCACAUCCCGAUCAACAUUAUGGGGCAAAGCAAUUCCAGUACAUGAAAAUGAUGGCAGGUCGUUUUCAUACUUCCAGUCUAGUUUUCUUUCUGGAUGACAAAGCAGCAAUUCUGGUGGGAUUUGAAGGCGCUCCAGUCAGCGCUACAAGAAGACAACGUUCAGUUCUUAAAGCAGGCUUGGAUAAUCGAGGAUUGAACGCUUUAGAUCACGACAACAUACCGCAGCAUCUAACCCCUUCGAUAUCAAUUAAACUGAUUUCUCCUAUGGAUUUAUCUAAUGCUUGGCAUGCAGGACAAUCGUGCAUAAUUCUCAAAGACGCUACACACUUAAUCAGGCUUCCGCUGUUCGGUAAUUUUUCUUACAGAUUUUAAUCGGUAAAACAUGAGUUUACUGUAAUUUCAGUAAAAUAUUUACAAGUUUGCGGAAUGAGCUGCAAACAAAACACUAUUUUACAGAUAACCCAGUAAAUUUAAUUUAUAAUACUGUAUACCGUAAUGAAAAAUACUGUUUUUUCGGUAAUUUAUGUUUUCGUCGGUAGCAGAAACAAAAUCGGUAAAAAAUUGCUGAUAAAGCCAGUGAACAUGCUAACUUUACCGAACUGUCCGUUUAAAUCAUUAUAGUUUACCGACUGUCUCAGUAGAUAUUUUUCCAAUGCAAACCUAUCCGCCAUUUUCGAACCGUCGGUCUCAGCUUGUCUGCACGUUGGUUUUUGUUCAAUUGUAGUGUUUAUUGGAACUUUCGCAGAAAUUUUGUCCAAAAAUGGAAAACAUCGUACACAACCUGAUGGACGUUGAUGCUCGCGUUGAUGGGAGUGGAAAAAUUGUUCCGUAAGUAAUUCUUUACUAAUUAUAUUUUCUUCGCAGUUAUUUCAAGCAAACAACUAAAAUGGCGGACGUUGAAAUACAAUGUUUUUUCUGCCGGCGCUCCAUGCCAGGUUAUGUGCAGACUGCAGGGGCUACAUCGGCACGUGA